AUGUCUUUAAAAGAGCUCAACGAGCUGGAAUUCAAGCGGCUAACACUUGUAAAUGAUUAUUUGAACAUUCAAAAGCAACUUGAAGCCCGUUUAUCGCUUGCAGGAGUUUGUAUAUCAAAAGCAAAAACCACUCACGGAGUCACAUUGUUCAGUGUGAAUUCGGUAGAUGCUCACGAUUUGGAGCCAAGUGUUCACGUUAAAAUCGAAAACGAGCAAUUCACAAUUAUUCCAAAGUCCAACGAUGGUGAUGAGAAGAAAUCGGUGAAAAAUCGAAAAGUCGAAGAAGCGAAGCAGGACGAUGAGAAUGAUUCCGAGAAAACAUCAAAGCCAACUCCAAUCAAGGGCCAAUUUAGGCCGUUCGGCAUUUUGGAACCGUCGAGUGCCAAAGAAGCGAGAAGUGAAAUGAAAAAGUGUAUUGAACUGAUCUGCGAGUUGGCAACCAUUCAAAACUCCAUUAAAUCCGUCGACGCGAAGCUCCGAAACGCCUAUGAGACCUGCAAAUGCGACGAGGAGCUUGCGAAAUCAUUAAAAUCUCUAAUCAUCGCUUAA